UGAGUUUAAAAGGCCAUUUCAGCUGUCUUGCUUACACUCUUGUAAGCCCGAUCAUGGCAAGAGCUGUGGUGCAAGUCACCCUCUUUGGGCUGCUGCUGGCUUUGGUAACCACACUACCAAACAAGGAUGACUGGGACAUCUACAGCUUUCACAUCAACUCAACAGUGAGCAGUCGUUACGCAACCACAGUCAUCACAAGCCGUGUGGCCAAUCGAAUGGACGAGUCAAAGGAAAUAGAAUUUCAAGUCCGGAUUCCCAAGAAUGCCUUCAUCAGUAAAUUCAGAAUGUUUAUAGAUGGCCAGGCAUACGAUGGGGUUGUGAAAUCUAAGGAGGCGGCUAAACAGCAGUACACUGAUGCUGUGUCACAAGGCCAGAGUGCUGGGAUUGUCAGUUCUGUAGGGAGGACUCUCGAAGAAUUCAAGACCUCUGUGAAUGUAGCAGCUCACAAAAAGGUCACUUUUGAACUUACAUAUGAGGAACUACUGAAACGCAAACUGGGCAAGUACGAGCUGCAAAUCCACGCCCGACCAAUGCAGCCUGUAAAAGACUUCAAGGUUGACGUGUACAUACAUGAGAAAGCUGGAAUCAAUAUCAUGGAGGUUAAAGGUGGACUAAGCACCAAUGCCAUGGCUAAUGCCAUCACCAAAACACAUUCAGACACACAGGCGUGGGUGUAUUUCUACCCAACUGAGGACCAACAAAAGACGUGUGACCGCUGUGGAGAGCAAGGUAUGAAUGGAGAUCUGGUUAUUGUUUAUGACGUCAACAGGGACAACUCAUUUGGAGACAUCAAGAAAUCAUCAGGGUACUUCGUUCAUCACUUUGCUCCAUCUAAUCUCGCCCGAAUACCAAAAAAUGUGGCCUUCGUUAUUGAUCAAAGUAGCUCAAUGCAUGGCAGAAAAAUACAACAGACCCGAACUGCAUUGAUUCGUAUCUUGAAUGACCUGGCAGAAGAAGACCACUUUGGUCUGAUCACUUUUGAUAGCUCCAUUUUUCACUGGAAACGAGAACUUGUUCAGGCUACGGAAGAAAACCUGGCUAGUGCCAAAACCUUUGCACUGCAGAUUCAAGAUAGAGGAGCCACGGACAUUAACCAAGCAGUUUUAGAAGGAGCACGAAUGCUGAAUGCAAAUCCCAGAGAAGGCUCAGCAUCUAUUCUCAUACUGCUCACAGAUGGAGACCCAACCUCAGGGGUGACAAAUCUGGAAGUAAUUCAGUCAAAUGUAAGAAAGGCUAUUGCAGGUGAAUUCCCUCUCUACUGCCUCGGUUUUGGUUUUGAUGUCAAUUUUGAGUUCCUUGAAAAGAUGUCACUGCAGAACAACGGUGUGGCUCGACGGAUUUAUGAAGACUCUGAUGCUGAGUUACAACUCAAGGGUUUCUAUGAAGAGGUGGCAACUCCUUUGUUAACAGAUGUGACAAUGGUUUAUGAGGGUGGGAUUAAUCUAACCCAGACUAACUUCAGCCAGUAUUAUAAUGGCUCUGAGAUUGUUGUGGCAGGUCAGAUCACUGACAACGACAUCAGAACCUUCACUCCACAAGUUGUGGCCGUUUCGCAGAGAAAUAGAAAGGUGGUGUUUCCUGGAACAAAUGUUACAGUGGAGUCAGCCGAUGUGGCUGACAGUAACAUCCAGAGAGUUUGGGCUUACCUCACAGUGAAACAGCUUCUAGAGAAAGAACUGCGGUUAUCUGGACCUGAGAAGGAGAGCGCUAAGAAAGAGGCCUUGGAGCUGUCGCUGAAAUACAGCUUUGUGACCCCACUCACAUCCAUGGUGGUCACCAAGCCUCCUGGGGAGAGCUCAGAUGUGCUCCAUAAACCCAAGGAAGGUGAAGCACCUCAGACCCCAACCUCUAAUGCGAGGCAAUACGGACUCAUGCCUACUGUAAGUGAUAUUGUCAUGGCUUAUGAUGGUGAGUAACACAAAUGUGAACAGAACAGCAAACACAGUGCAAAACAGUAAAUUAAUUGUAUAGAUAUAAUUUCAAA